CUCCUCUUUCUCUGUCCCCUGGGUCUCCUCUCCCCGUUCUCUCUGUGUCAGCAUCACUCAGUAUCUGUUUCUAUCUCUUCUGUUUUUGCCUGUCUCAGUCUCUGAGUCUCUUAGUCUUUAUUGCUCUGUCUCCACGUCCCUCUCUCUUUUUCCCUCAAACACUAUCUCCCUUUCUGUUUCUGUUCUUUCCAUGUCUCUUUUUCUGUUUCUCUGUGCGUUACCUGUCUCACUGUGGGUCUCUCUGACUCUUUGUCACUGUCUCACCAGCUACUCUCUGUCUCAAUGUCUCUCUCAGUCUCUGAUUUUUCUCUCCUCUCUCUUUCUUCUCAUCUCUGCUUUUCUCUGGGGUCUAUGUUCCUGUUUCUCUCCAAGAGUCUGGAAGAACGCUCAGAGCCUGGUCUCCGUUUGGGGAUUGGGGGCGGGGGCCAGGCCGCUACUCAGAGACCUUCUCCCGGCCUCAGAGGCCCUUUCCAGCAAGGGGGGCGGGAGGGGGGUGUCAACUUAACCGCCGUGACAGCUUCUUCUCCGCACCCUCCCACCCAGGCUGCAGGAGGCCCGAGCUCUGCUGAGGCGACGGCGGCCCGGUGGGCCAGGGGGCCUGGCACUGCUGAGAAGGAGGCCCCCACCACAGCGCGCUCCCGCCGGCCAGGCCCGCGUCCUGUGUCCCUUGAUGUGUCACAACGGCGGUGUAUGCGUGAAGCCAGAUCGCUGCCUCUGUCCCCCGGACUUCGCGGGCAAGUUCUGCCAGCUGCACUCCUCGGGCGCCCGACCCCCGGCCCCGGCCAUGCCAGGCCUCACGCGCUCCGUGUACACGAUGCCACUGGUCAACCAUCGUGAUGAGGAACACGGCGUGGCAUCUAUGGUGAGCGUCCACGUGGAGCAUCCGCAGGAGGCGUCGGUGGUGGUGCACCAGGUGGAGCGUGUGUCCGGGCCUUGGGCGGAGACAGACGCCGAGGCCGUGGCGCGGGCGGAGGCGGCGGCGCGGGCGGAGGCGGCGGCUCCUUACACCGUGCUGGGACAGAGCGCGCCCCGCGAGGACAGCUACUCGGAUGCCUCGGGCUACGGUUACUGUUUUCGGGAGUUGCGAGGAAGCGAUUGUGCGUCCCCACUGCCCGGGCUUCGGACGCAAGAAGUUUGCUGCCGAGGGGCCGGCUUGGCCUGGGGCGUUCACGACUGUCUGCUGUGCUCGGAGCACCUGGGGCACUCCAACCAAGUGGGCGCCCCAGAUAUACCGUGUCCAGCAGGCUUUGAGAGGGUUAAUGGGUCCUGUGAAGGUGAGAUGGGGGUAGGAGUGAGGCGGGGGCAGGGCUUUGCUGGGGGCUGGGCUGUGGUCCCUGACCGCACUGUGACCUCCCCAUUCCUCUCAGAUGUGGAUGAGUGCGCGACAGGGGCGACAGCGGGGCGCUGUCAGCAUGGGGAGUGCGCCAACACUCAUGGCGGGUACACAUGCGUGUGCCCUGACGGCUUCCUGCUCGACUCAUCCCGCAGCAGCUGCAUCUCCCAACACGUCAUCUCGGAAGCAAAGGGGCCCUGCUUCCGCGUGCUUCGCGACGGCGGCUGCUCGCUGCCCAUCCUGCGCAACAUCACCAAACAGAUCUGCUGCUGUAGUCGCGUCGGCAAGGCCUGGGGCCGGGGCUGCCAGCUCUGCCCACCCUUUGGCUCAGAGGGGUUUCGGGAGAUCUGUCCAGCUGGCCCUGGUUACCACUACUCGGCCUCUGACCUCCGGUACAACACAAGACCCCUGGGCCAGGAGCCACCCCGAGUAUCUAUCAGCCAGCCUCGUCCCCCGCCUGUUACCUCUCGCUCACCUGCAGGCUUUCUGCCCACCCAUCGCCCAGAGACACGACCUGAGCACAGACCUGAACACAGACCAGAGCACAGACCGGAGCACAGACCAGAGCUCAGACCGGAGCACAGACCGGAGCUCAGACCGGAGCACAGACCGGAGCACAGACCCGAGCUCAGACCGGAGCUCAGACCGGAGCACAGACCGGAGCUCAGACCGGAGCACAGACCGGAGCACAGACCUGAGCACAGACCUGAGCCCCGGCCUGGCCCUGAGCUUCCCCUGCCCAGCAUCCCUGCCUGGCCUGGUCCCGAGAUCUCUGAAUCAGGUCCCUCCGUGUGUCAGCGCAACCCCCAAGUCUGCGGCCCCGGACGCUGCAUCCCUCGCCGCAGUGGCUACACUUGCGUGUGCGACUCCGGUUUCCGGCUCAACCCCCAGGGCACCCACUGCAUAGGUGAGCCGGACGGAGAGGGUGGAUGGAGGCAGGGCAGGGGCUCUGCCCGGUCACCCCUUGACCAGCCCCCCUCUGUGCCCUCAGACGUGGACGAAUGUCGCCGCAUACCCACGCCCUGUGCUCCCGGGCGCUGCGAGAACGCUCCGGGCAGCUUCCGCUGUGUGUGCGGCCCGGGUUUCCGAGCAGGCCCGCGGGCGGCGGAGUGCCUGGACGUGGACGAGUGCCGCCGCGUGCCGCCGCCGUGUGACCUCGGGCGCUGUGAGAACACACCAGGCAGCUUCCUGUGCGUGUGCCCCGCUGGGUACCAGGCUGCACCACAUGGAGCCAGCUGCCAGGAUGUGGACGAGUGCACCCAGAACCCAGGCCUAUGUGGUCGAGGUCUCUGUGAGAACCUGCCCGGCUCUUUCCGCUGCGUUUGCCCGGCUGGCUUCCGGGGCUCAGCGUGUGAGGAGGAUGUGGAUGAGUGUGCUCAAGAGCCACCACCCUGUGGGCCAGGCCGCUGCGACAACACGGCUGGCUCCUUUCACUGUGCCUGCCCUGCUGGCUUCCGCUCCCGAGGGCCAGGGGCCCCCUGCCAAGAUGUGGAUGAGUGUGCCCAGAGUCCCCCGCCCUGCGCCUACGGCCGGUGUGAGAACACAGAAGGCAGCUUCCAAUGCGUCUGUCCCACGGGCUUCCAACCCAACGCAGCUGGCUCCGAGUGCGAGGAUGUGGACGAGUGUGAAAACCACCUGGCUUGCCCUGGACAGGAGUGUGUCAACUCACCUGGCUCCUUCCAGUGCAGGGCCUGUCCUGUUGGCCACCACCUGCACCGUGGCCGCUGCAUUGAUGUGGACGAAUGCAGUUCUGGCGCCCCCUGCGGCCGCCACGGCCACUGCACUAACACCGAGGGCUCCUUCCGCUGCAGCUGCGCGUCAGGCUACCGGCCCCCGGCCAGUCGGCCCGGACCCUGCGCAGAUGUGAACGAGUGCCUGGAGGGCGACUUUUGCUUCCCCCACGGCGAGUGCCUCAACACCGACGGCUCUUUUGUCUGUACCUGUGCCCCCGGCUACCGGCCUGGACCUCGCGGAGCCUCCUGCCUUGACGUGGACGAGUGCAGCGAGGAGGACCUUUGCCAGAGCGGCAUCUGUACCAACACCGACGGCUCCUUCGAGUGCGUCUGUCCUCCAGGCCACCGCGCCAGCCCAGACCUCGCCUCCUGCCUCGACGUGGACGAAUGCCGAGAGCGGGGCCCAGCCCUGUGUGGGGCCCAGCGCUGUGAGAACUCCCCCGGUUCCUACCGCUGUGUCCGCGACUGCGACCCUGGCUACCACUCGGGCCCCGAGGGCACCUGUGACGAUGUGGAUGAGUGUCAAGAAUACGGCCCCACAAUUUGUGGGGCCCAGCGCUGUGAGAACACCCCUGGCUCCUACCGCUGCAUGCCGGCCUGCGACCCUGGCUACCAGCCGACACCAGGGGGCGGAUGCCAGGAUGUGGACGAGUGCCGGAACCGGUCCUUCUGCGGGGCCCACGCCACGUGUCAGAACCUGCCCGGCUCCUUCCAGUGCCUCUGUGACCAGGGCUACGAGGGGGCGCGGGACGGGCGUCACUGCGUGGAUGUGAAUGAGUGUGAAACGCUACAGGGCGUGUGUGGAGCUGCCCUGUGUGAGAAUGUUGAAGGCUCCUUCCUCUGUGUCUGCCCCAACAGCCCCGAGGAGUUUGACCCCAUGACUGGACGCUGUGUUUCCCCACAGCCUUCUGCUGGCAUGUUCCCGGGCUUACAGCCCCAGGUGCCCUCCAGCCCGGGUCUGCCAGCCAGGCCGCCCCCACCCCGCCGGCCCAGUGUGCCACGGCAGGGUCCUGUGGGCAGCGGGCGCCGGGAGUGCUACUUCGACACAGCGGCCCCGGAUGCGUGUGACAACAUUCUAGCGUGGAACGUGACAUGGCAGGAGUGCUGCUGUACUGUGGGCGAGGGCUGGGGCAGUGGCUGCCGCAUCCAGCAGUGCCCAAGCACUGAGACAGCUGAGUACCAGUCAUUGUGCCCCCAUGGACGGGGCUACCUGGCGCCCAGUGGAGACCCGGCCCUCCGGAGAGAUGUGGACGAGUGCCAGCUUUUCCAAGACCAGGUGUGCAAGAGCGGCGUGUGCGUGAACACGGCCCCGGGCUACUCGUGUUACUGCAGCAAUGGUUACUACUACCAUGCCCAGCGGCUGGAAUGCAUUGACAACGAUGAGUGCGCGGACGAGGAGCCGGCUUGUGAGGGCGGCCGCUGCGUCAACACCGUGGGCUCCUAUCACUGCACGUGCGAGCCUCCACUGGUGCUCGACCGCUCAAGUCGCCGCUGCGUCUCCAACGAGAGCCAGAGCCUCGACGACAAUCUGGGUGUGUGCUGGCAGGAAGUGGGGGCUGACCUUGUGUGCAGUCGCCCACGGCUGGACCGCCAGGCCACCUACACAGAAUGCUGCUGCCUCUAUGGCGAGGCCUGGGGCAUGGACUGCGCCCUCUGCCCUGCUCAGGACUCAGAUGACUUUGAGGCCCUGUGCAACGUGCUGCGGCCCCCUGCGUAUGGCCCCCCACGGCCAGGCGGUUUUGGACUUCCCUACGAGUAUGGCCCGGACCUAGGCCCUCCUUACCAGGGCCUUCCGUAUGGGCCCGAGUUGUACCCCCAACCUGUGCUACCCUAUGACCCUUACCCACCGCCACCUGGGCCCUUCGCCCGCCGUGAGGCUCCUUACGGGGUGCCACCCUUUGACAUGCCCGACUUUGAGGAUGACGGUGGCCCCUAUGGCGAACCUGAGGCUCCUGCCCCACCCAGCCCGGGCACCCGAUGGCGCUAUCGGUCCCGCGAUACUCGUGGCUCCUUCCCAGAGCCUGAGGAGUUGCCUGAAGGUGGAGGCCAUAAUGGUGCACUUGCUGGGCCCCAUGAGGGCCUGGAGGCGGAGGAGUGUGGGAUCCUGGACGGCUGCGCCCACGGCCGCUGUGUGCGAGUCCCCGAGGGCUUCACCUGCGACUGCUUUGACGGCUACCGUCUGGACAUAACCCGCAUGUCCUGUGUUGACAUCAAUGAGUGUGACGAGGCUGAGGAAGCCGCCCCGCUCUGCGUCAACGCACGCUGUGUCAACACCGAUGGCUCCUUCCGCUGCCUCUGCCGCCCAGGAUUCGCACCCUCGCACCAGCCGCACCACUGCGCGCCCGCCCGACCCCGGGCCUGAGCCCCAGCACUCCGGACCGCUCACCCCGAGCUCCAUACGCGGGUCUCCGCAGCGUGCACGCGCACAGGGACGCCAGCUCAAACUGAGAGUGACAGACGAUAGAGAGGGACCCCCUUCACUGCCCCCCCCCCCGCUCCUAGCCCCUUACACCGACGCUGCUGGCUCAAGCCCAGCCCACGGUUCCCUUCACAUACCCUCUCCUUUUUUAUAAAAAUUUCAACUAAAAAACACCUAUUUUGUAGCUUUUGCUUCUAUAUAUCUGUCCCUUUCUCAAAGUCUGCCUCCAGAGUUUGAGUCACAAAACUACAUCCCCUCCCCAUUCAGACGCCAUGUCUGCCUCUUAAUCUCCGUUUCUCUGUCGCUUAGUCUGUAUCUGUCUCUGUCUUUCUGCUUCUUUGUGUCUCUCUUUUUGUGUCUUUUUUCCUGUUUCAUCAUUUCUCUAAUCUCGCGAGAGCUCUUGCCUCUGGGUUUUUAAUAUUACCGACCUACCCAGUAUAUCCCCCAGGGCCCUCCUCUUGUAGUGCCCCAGAAAGGGACAGAAUGGGGCAGCCUCAGACUCUGCUCCCUCCUUUUUCAGCUGGAGAAAAAAACCAGUUGGUGUGGAGUGGAUUCCCACUCAGGGCGACCCCAUGUGUCUGAGAACUGUGCUCCACAGGGUUUUCAAUGGCUGAUUUUUUGGAAGCUGAUCACCAGGCCUUUCUUCCAAGAUACCUCUUGGUGGACUAGACUCUCCAACCCCGCAUUUCUCCUACUCCCCAAAGAAGUUGUAAACCAUCUGGGACAAGUAGAGCAAAGGGGAGGGGAUGGGGACAGGAGUCCCUGGAGGGGUGAACCCAGACCUGGGCCUCUAGCUGGGAUUAGGCUGUGGACAGAGGAGGGGGAGAGCAGUCCUGGGGGGUGGCCUGUGCAAGGACACGUGUGGAAGCAGGAAUGAACUGUGUGUAUGAUGAAUGGACACCCCCUUCCCCCAGCAUCCCUGCCUACUUUCUGGCUGUGUGGGGAGUCCAGACUCCCUUCUCCCCAAAACAGAGAGCAGGGUACUCAGGGAGGGUCAGGAGGUGAGGGGUCCGUGAAAACGGACAUGAUGAAAACAGAAGUCUGUACUGGAGUCAUUCUUCAGCCACCAGUUAGCGCACGUCUCCCCAGGGUCUCAAACUCAAACGCUUUAGGGGCCAGGUAAUGAUGUUAGAGGGAAGCGGAUGCAGGAUAAGAAAAUCAAAGCACAAAAGUGAAGACGCAUAGCAAGUGGCUUCCUGCCCAAGGGUUGGGAUGGAACAGGGAGGGGAAUCUCCACAUUUUUAAUAAUAAUAUAUAUUUCUAAACCACCUUGAGGGUCAUAUCAAGUCCCUGGGUGGUGCAAAUGGUUUGCGCUCCAUUAUUAACCUAAAGGUUAGUGGUCUGAACCUACCUAGGGGCAUCUUGGAAGAAAGGCCUGGCAAUCUGCUUCCAUAAGGAUUAUAGCCAAGACAACCUUAUGGAGCAAUCCUACUCUGUAACACCUGGGGUCUCCGUGAGUCGGAAUUGACUGGAAGGCAACGGGUUUUUUUGUUUUCGAUGGGUCAUAUCUGGCCCAAGAGCCACUAGUUUUAAUCUUCCAAGUACAGUACAAGUUUGCAUAAAUGGGGCAUGGGGGUUCUGUCUUGAUCUGACACCCCCACCUCCUGAGCUUCAAGAGGGGACACAUUGCCAAGAGCUCCUGGUACAGACAUUGUUGGUGGAGUUAAAUGAAUUGAUAGAUAUGUUAAAACGUUUAGAAUGGCACAGACCACAUAGCAAGAGCUCAGUUAAGAGUUAUAACCCUGGGCCUCCCAGGAAAUGCUGGGGGCGGGGGGGGGGGCAGACAGCUAGGUUUUAUUCUAUCCCCUUUAUCCAUCCCAGGAAGGGGCCAGACUCCACCCCCUUCAACAGGACAGUGAGAAACACUUAGCACAGGGGUCCCAGUAGAGAGGGGGUGUCAGACCAUGAGGGGUUCCGAGUUUCACAGAGGGGGUCAGAAAGUGAUUUUCCAGCUGAUACAGGGAACUUGACCCAAAUACUGUCCUCCUUAUUCAUUCAUUAAAGAUUUUCUAUAAUACCUGCUUUAUAAGGAGUAAGUGGCGUGGACGCAACUUAGCCCAGCCUUGGGGGUGGAAGUUAGGGUGGGCUCCCUGGUAGAGACACCUAAGCUGAGAUGCUAACGAUGCAGGGAAAUGAGGCAGAUGGAGCGGUGGAAGAGGGUUUCAUGUGGGGGGAUCAUCACCUGGAAAUGCCUAGAGGUAAGA